AUGUGUAAUGAUUAUUUAUUCAAAAGAGAACAAGCAAGAUUAGCUGCUAAUUCAACAAUGUUUAUCAGUGCUUCAUCUAUUGCUACACCUGGUGAAUUACAAGCUUAUCGUAAAGCAUAUUCUAAAUUUGGAGAAGUUCCAGGAAUGAGGUUUGCAUGUAAUAAAUUUCUUUUUAGAGAAAUUACUAUUAAAAAUAAUCAAACAAAUAAAUUAUAUGGAGAAGGUGAUACUAUACAACGAAUUAAAUUAGCUCGUAUACUUGAAAUAAUUGCUGAAAAAGGUGAUGAUGCUUUUUAUACAGGUGAAUUAGCUGAUCUUAUUGUUAAAGACAUUCACGAUAAAGUAUUUGGUACUGAAACAGAUAUUAUUUAUAAUAAUCAAAUAAAUGAUUUUUCUACACUGAAUACAGCAAAUUUUUUUGGUGUUCCUGCUUGUCUAGCUAAUUAUAUUACACCUGGUAAACGACUAAGUUCAUCAAUAGUACCUUUAAUUAUGUUUGAUCAAAAUAAUCCACAUGUAUUACAAGUUUUAAAUGCUAAUGGUGGAACGAAAAUAACGACAACUACUGCUCAAGUAGUUAUGCUUAAUUUAUGGUUUAGAAAAGAUAUUAGACAAGCAAUUAAUACGCCAAGAUUACAUUCACAAUUAUUACCAGAAGAAGUUUUAGCUGAAUGUGGUUUUAAUCAAACAAUUCUAGAACAACUGAGAAAACUUGGUCAUAAUAUUCAAUGUGAUGUGUAUAGAAGAUCAAUUGUACAAAGUAUCGAAUAG